CGCCUUCAGCCCUUCACUCGCCACCACCAUCCCCUUCCUAUCUCACCUACUCUCCCCUCCCCGCCUCCUCCCUGCUCCGGCAGCAGCAGCGGCGGCAAGAAUCCCGAGGCAGGCAGGCAGCAUGCAGUCCAAGCACCGGGUCUUCGCGGAGGACCUGCUCCUCGCCGCGGAGGGGGAGGACCACUUCGACCGGGUGCCGGACUCGCUGGUCCUCAUCAUCUUCAACAAGCUCGCCGACGCGCGCUCGCUGGGCCGCUGCUCCGCGGUGUCGCGCCGCUUCAACGCGCUCGUGCCGCUCGUCGACGACGCCUGCCUCCGCAUCGACCGCGUCAUCCCCGCCGACGGCGCGGACGGCGCCGGCGCCGACGCGCUCGGCCUGGCCGGGGCGCCGCGCCCGCGCGCCGUGCUCUCGCACCUCCUCAAGGCCAUGCUGCAGGCCGUGCUCAAGCCCUUCGCGCACUGCGACGCCAAGUCCGGCGCCGGCGCGCACGGCGGCAAGCACGCGCAGCUGCAGCACCACUCGCCCGCCCAGGUGCUCAAGAACUUCAGCAGCAUCCGGAACCUCCGCAUGGAGCUCCCCGUCUCCGACGUCGGCACCGACGACGGUGUCGUCCUCAAGUGGAAGGCCGUGUUCGGCAGCACGCUCCAGAGCUGCGUCAUCCUCGGCGGCACCAAGGUGGAACGGGCCGCCGCCGGCACCCACCACGCCUCCUUGACCGCCGCCGCCGCCGCCGACUCCGAUGCCACGGGCGACGACAGCGGCAGCAUCCCGGAGUCCUUCUACACCAACGGCGGCCUCAAGCUGCGCGUGGUCUGGACCAUCAGCUCCCUCAUCGCCGCGGCCACCAGGCACUACCUCCUCCGCGAGAUCGUCAAGGAGCACCCCACCCUGGAGCAGGUCGCGCUCACGGACGCGCACGGCCAGGGCACCCUCACCAUGGGGCGCGACCAGCUCAAGGAGUUCAGGGACAAGCCGCUCGCCGCGGCCGCCGCCGCCAACCGCACGCAGGUGCCCGCCUGCAACAUGAAGCUCCGCUACGCGCCGCUGCUGGAGCUCUCCGACGGCACGAGGAUCCACGGCGCCACGCUCGUGGUCAUCAAGCCCGUCGGCGAGGCCGGCGGCGUCGGCGGCGGCAGGAAGGAGCUCGACGACUUCGUCGCCGACACCUUCGACGGGCCCUUCAGGGAGGCCGUGGGAGUCCUCAGCAAGCGCCGCACCUACCUGCUUGAGAUGAACGGCUUCUAGUCUAGCUAGGCUCCACCUGUGCACCGCGCGUCUGCAAGACUUGCAACGGCCAGAGCACCACCUCCAUGGCAAUGGGCAAUGGCAACUAGGUUGCUCUCCUCGCUUCAGCUCGGCCCGGCUCAGAGAUCGGCGGCAUACUGAGGUGUUCCACCUUGUAACAAUCAACGCUGAUGCCGCCUCGAUCACUCAUGUCUCGUUACUGCCUUGGCAUCGUUGUGACACAAUCAAUAAUCGAAUGGAGUGGGCAGCACCUGCAGCCAGCUCCAUAACAUUUUGGUGCUAUGAUGAAUGGAUGAAUCAAUGGAUGGAAUGAUAGCCCUGGUUAGACUA